UCUGUGGAAGGUGUUUGCUGCAUAUAAUUGAUCUGCACAACUGUGAAAAGGGGAAGUGAAAAAUCACCUCAUCAUACUGGGAGAAACACAUGAACACAUGAACGAGACUCGCCCACUGGUAAGCCCCCGCGAUUGUCAGAAUCGUGAAGAUGAUGAAUUUCCAGGCCCCCUUUGGCUGGGGAGCCCCCUUCUCUUUCUCUCUGGUAUAUAUGCAGCCACAGUGCCAGGGCAUUCACACACAGCAGGGAACCCGACAGACAGACAGACUACCAACCGGUCUCCAGCCACACCUUAAACUCCAGCAUGUCUGCUUCUCGCCUCUCUCUGCUGCCUGUGGUCUUCCUGCUGAUGGGGGCCAUCACACUGAGCCAAGGGUUCCGUGUGACUGCACCUAAGAAGUGCUGCUUCAGUUUCAUCACCAGUCAGCCCAAACAUCCAGUGGUCAGCUUCACCAGGACCAGCCAGCACUGCUCCACCCCUGCCGUGCUGCUGAAGACAAAUACUGGUCGCCAGCUGUGUGCCCGCCCAUCUGACAGUUGGGUGGUGAAGACCAUCAACUUCCUGGACAACAAGAACACUGGGAACAAGACACCCCUCCAGUAACCUGGCAACACAAUUGGAGGGUACUGACACCCUGUGUCACCGUGGGACUGAUAAGCUACUCGACAUCUAAACCUAAUGUUUUCCCUUUGGAAUUCUGUAGGAAAAAAGUACAUCAGUACAAACCAAGGGUAGCCACGGGUAGGCCUGGGUAGACAAAGGCCAACCCAAUUUGUUCUAAGGCCUACCCAAAAACGAAAAUAUCUUCGAAAAAUUAUGCAAGGGUGCACAUCGCAAAGUAAAUAAGUAAAAAAAAAAAGAAAAGAUGCCUAUCCAUAUUUGUCUAGGCCUACCCCAAAUGUUCUGGCUACGCUCCUGGUACAAACAAAGUUAGACUAUAUUUAAAAACAUAUUUAAACUGAGGAUAAACUGAAAAAGCUAAAUGACUAAAAGGAUUGUGUGACUAUAUAAUGCUAAAAAAUAUUCAUGUAUUUACCGCUGAACAGCAGAUUGUAAUUUGAAUUUUGGUAUUCAUUUGUUGUUGUUUUCUUUAAUAAUUUUGCAGAACCCUAACCUUGUGACUGUUAACAUGAAACAUACUUUACAAAUGACUUUAAUGAUCUUACUAGAUUCUUCUGAAUUAAUGAUAUACUUAUUGUUUCACUGGCUCGUAAUUGAUCGAAUCAAAGAUGUGUGUUCAAAUACAAUAAAAGAGUACAUAACUGUU